AUGCCGAGUAAAGAACUGGCUUCCCGAUCGCACCUCCUUGAGUUUUAUGGGAUCGAAUGCGAUCACUGUGUGGAUAUGGAGCCGUUGAUGGAGCGACUGCAGAAGGAACUGGGGGUUCCGAUCCGUCGCUUCGAGGUUUGGUACUCGGACGAUAACCUGCGGCUCCUGCAGAAGCUCGACAAGAAUGGGUCCUGUGGAGGAGUUCCCUUUUUCUACAAUAAGAGGACCAAAGGAUGGAUAUGUGGUGCGACGACCUAUGAGAACUUGAAGAACUGGGCACUGGGAAGGCCGCACCAGCGUUUCUUGCCACCACCGAAAGACUCCAAAGGUGAAAACGUAAUCCUUAAGUUUCUCGAGCGCGUCCAAAAACAGGCCAUGGAAAAAAUGCAGCAGCGAAUGAAUGAAAAGAAUCUACCUGAGAAAGGGAGCAAGGUCAAGGACGGGAAGACGGGUCAGGGCAAGCGCUCUGGGCCGAACGCUGGCGAUUCCAAGAACAAGUCUCGUGAUCAGGAUAUUACGGAUCGCAAGUCUUCGACUAGCCUACAGUUGCGGGGCAAAAAAGAUUCGAACUAG